AUGCUGCAGCAGAUCCUUCAUGACAUGUACAUCGACCCCGAACUCCUGGCCGAGCUCAGCGAUGUGCAGAAGCACAUCCUCUUCUACAAAAUGCGAGAGGAGCAGCUGAGGCGCUGGAGGGAGCGCGAGGCGUGGGAGGCCCUGGCCCAGGCGGAGGGUCUCAGGCCCCCGAAAGUCAAGCGAGCAGUGAGUGACAAGCACAUCCAGUGGCUCUUGGGGGCAGACGGUGAAGUCUGGGUCUGGAUCAUGGGAGAAGGCCCUGGCGACAAGCCCUAUGAAGAGAUCUCGGAGGAGCUGAUCGCCGAGCGGGCGCGGCUGCAGGCUCAGAGGGAGGCCGAGGAGCUCUGGAGACAGAAGGAGGCAGAAAUCACCAAGAAGUUUCGGGAUGCUCUGGCCAAUGAGAAAGCCCGGAUCCUGGCGGAGAAGUGGAAAGUGGAGAUGGAGGACAGGAAGGCUGCCAAAGUCCUGGAGGAGCGCAUCCGUGAGGAAUUCAAGAGGAAAGAGGAAGAGGAGAGGAAGCGAGGGGAAGAGCAGAUUCGCCUCCAGGAGGAGCAGAGGGCCAAGGAGCUCUACUGGACCCUGAAGCAGGCCCAGCUGCAGAGCGGCACCAGUGAGCACGAGGAGCGCGAGUGGGAGGAACAGCUGCGCAGGUCCAAGGCCGCGGACGAGGAGAGGAGCCGCGGAGCUCAGCGAGCCAGGGACGAGUACCGGCGCCACUCGCUGCGCGCCAUCCAGAAGGGCACGGUCGCCGGCCUCAGCUCCAUGUUCCAAGAGCUCGGCCAGAGCCACGAGCAGGAGGCCAGACUCUACCACCACCUCCCAGGCCCGGGGCCGCCGCCCCCGCUCGCCAUACCUGUCAGCAGGACUUGGGAGCGCCCACUGAGACCCGUGUCCAGGGAAGUCAUUGUCCGCUGGUUUAAGGAGGAGCAGCUGCCUCGCCGAGCUGGCUUUGAGAGGAACACCAAAUCCAUCGCCCCCUGGUUCCAUGGAAUUAUUAGCCGAGAAGAUGCAGAAGAUCUCCUUGAGAACAUGACGGAGGGAGCCUUUUUGGUCCGGGUCAGUGAGAAAAUCUGGGGUUACACCCUCUCCUAUCGCCUGCAGAAAGGGUUCAAGCACUUUCUUGUGGAUGCCUCUGGGGAUUUUUACAGCUUCCUGGGAGUGGACCCCAAUCGCCACGCCACGCUCACCGACCUCAUUGAUUUCCACAAGGAGGAAAUUAUCACUGUUUCAGGGGGAGAGCUGCUACAGGAACCCUGUGGACAGAGGGACAGCCCACCAGACUACCAUCUGUUGUUUGAAUGAUUCCCCCCCACUCCCCUUAUCAAUGGGCCUUCUUUGGGCAUCCAUUUUUUUUGAACUCAAGAACUUCCCAGCUCAAAUCCCUAUGAACUCCUGGAAGAUCCCCACCAUCCAGAGGAUCAAGUAGAUUAGUAUGUCUCAAGGGAUAUGAAAUAUAUGGCAUAUGUGCUAUUGGUCCCCGUCCCGAUGCCCAGGACAGAAAUUGCUAAGAGCUGUUGCAACUCUUUCAUGAAGAGUUUAGUUAUGACUUCAGAGAAUGAAGCCUAUUUGCCAGCGCCACCCUAAACUGAGCUCCUAGAGCACACGGGUCGUCAUGUUUUAAUAAUCCAAAAUAAUUCCAGUGCCGAACUCUGAAUUUAACAAAUGGAAGACAUUCAAUAAAUGUUUGUUGAAUGAAUGCAGUUCUUCUGAAAGUUUCCCAACACUCAGCAGCGAAGUUUCCUAGUAAGGAAACAUCCUACCUGUUCUGUCUAUAAGGUCAUGGAAAGUAUAGAGGAAAUAUUGCAAAGGAUUUGUGUGGAAAAUAUAGAUGCCACAUCUUUAAUGAUGUACAUUAUUGCCCUCAUUGAUUUUGUCAUUGGGAUGAUUGCCCAAGGCUUCUGAGACCCACCUUUCAGAAUAGGUGACUGACACUGCGCUGCCUUCCUUAUUUGCCUCUUCUCUGCCACCGUCCCCUGGUCUAGGAAUCCUAUCUUGACCCUGGUUGUGCAAUAAUGAGGCAGCGGUUUCGUGUAUUCUCAUAGAUGUGCCCCAAACCUGGGGUGAAUUAUAAAUCCAAGAAAGCCUUUGCUGUCUAGGAUUUGGCCCUCGUUAUGUAGGUUACCCGAAUAACUACAUCUGCCUUCGUAGUCCUUUUGAUUCUGAUCUUUGUCUUCACUGAAUCUGAGUAUGGUUUUCAUAUCAACAAGAAUCUUCCAGUGACUCUGCAGUAACUCAGGGAUGCUGUCUUCAUGCAAACUCAGGUGCUCACCUUUAUGGAUAUAUGCAUGGAGGCAGCAUGUUAGGAUGGGAAUAUGACAGUGGAAUCAAGCAGACUUGUGUUCAAGUCCCCACCCUGGAACUUAACUUGCCUUUUAAUACUAGUGGCACCGUAUUUGGCGGGAGUGAAAGGAUGGAUGGGCCCUGUGCAUUGUCAGUGGACGGGCUUACCUCAUUUGAUAGUCAUGUCCUACAUCUCUUCUGCUCUACUUCACCUCUUUCCUCCCCUACUCUUCACAUCUUUGGCCACUUGCUUCACCCUGGUCACCAGAACUGCAAUUCAUUCUGCACCGACUCUGUUCUUUCUUACGGGGCCCUUCCGCUUCAUGUCGGAUGAGCCAAUGCCACCCUGCCCCAUGCGGUACUUUGGGGCCCUCGUCUCCUAUUGCUGUAGAUGCAGAAAACACCUGUGCAACCGUCAAAAGCAGGUGAUUAACUCCGCAUGGGGUGAAC